AUUCUCCAUCAUCCAUCACCCAAUUCCUGAAAAUCCAAUCGAUUUUUUUUUUUUUUUUUAAAUUUUUCAUCCUCUCAAGCAAAAGAAAAAAAAAGCCUAAGACCCAAAAUGGCCCGAACCAAGCAAACAGCAAGGAAGUCCACCGGCGGCAAAGCUCCGAGGAAGCAGCUGGCCACAAAAGCUGCCAGGAAAUCUGCCCCGGCAACCGGAGGAGUGAAGAAGCCUCACAGGUUCCGACCCGGAACCGUCGCUCUGCGUGAGAUCAGAAAGUACCAGAAGAGCACAGAGCUUCUGAUCCGAAAGCUGCCGUUCCAGAGGCUUGUACGUGAGAUCGCGCAGGAUUUCAAGACCGAUCUGAGGUUCCAGAGCAGUGCUGUUGCGGCUCUUCAGGAGGCUGCGGAGGCUUACCUGGUAGGUCUCUUCGAGGAUACCAAUCUCUGUGCGAUCCACGCGAAGAGGGUUACCAUUAUGCCCAAAGAUAUUCAGCUUGCUAGGAGGAUCAGAGGCGAGAGAGCUUAGAUGGAAGAAGCAAAAAUGGCUGGGUUUAGGUCUUUGUCGAUUUUUUUUUUGGGUGGUCGUUUUCAGUACUGUAAAUUGUUGGUCUUGGAAGGGGGUUUUUUGACACUUUGGGAGGGUGUUUUGGAUUUUGAUUGGAAAAAUCAAAAAUAUAUGUAUUGUGUUAACGUUGGAUUUGAUGAUCAGUUAGAUUUGAAACUUCCUUCUUUUUUUUUCUAUGUCUAUCCCCUGGUUAGAUUCUUAAUUUCUGCAAAUCAGAGUGGACGAACGGAUUGCUGAUUUUUCUGAUGAUUUUGA